CUGGCCUGGAGAUGCUGGCAGGUGAGCUGCGUUGACGUGGAAGGAGUCGGUGGGAAGCUUCUCAGCGCCUACAAAGGGAGUGAGAAGAGAAAUGACCUAAACUAACUUCCAGCCUUUGAGGCCAAGGGCCAGAAGGAGGGCGAGGCCAGAAGUAUGGCUGUGCCUAGGAAUUUGCGAAGGCAGCCUGCAGAUGCGUCCCUUGUGUCCCAUUGCACUCAUCACCACAUUGCUGUGUUCCUGCUUACCUUCUUCAGUUACUCCCUGCUCCAUGCUUCCAGAAAGACAUUCAGCAAUGUCAAGGUCAGCAUUUCCAGCCAAUGGACUCCUUCCGACAUCAAUACCACAGCCCUGGAGCUCCAGCCAUAUGAGCUCUGGAACAGUAGCCAUUUAUUUCCCAAUGCAGAAGAAGCCACUCUUUUCCUGGGGAUGUUGGACACUAUCUUUCUCUUUUCCUAUGCCGUGGGUCUCUUUGUCAGUGGCAUAGUUGGGGAUCGCCUGAAUUUACGAUGGGUCUUGUCUUUCGGCAUGUGCUCCUCUGCUUUAGUGGAGUUUGUAUUUGGCACUCUCACAGAAUGGCUGCAUUUCUACAACAAAUGGUUCUACUGCUGCCUCUGGGUUGUGAAUGGCUUGCUGCAGUCCACUGGCUGGCCCUGUGUUGUUGCCAUCAUGGGCAACUGGUUUGGAAAAGCUGGGAGGGGUUUUGUUUUUGGACUCUGGAGUGCCUGUGCAUCAGUGGGGAACAUUCUGGGAGCAUUCCUCGCCUCCUGUGUUCUGCAGUAUGGCUAUGAGUAUGCCUUCCUGGUGACAGCAUCGGUGCAGUUUGCUGGAGGAAUCAUUGUCUUCUUUGGACUUUUGAUUUCCCCGAAAGAAGUGGGCCUCCCUGAGCUUGGAGAAGAACAGGAGGGCAGUGCUGAAGAAGAUGCAAACAAACCCUUAAUCAGCAAUAAUGAGGAGGAUGAGGAUGAUCAAAAUUACUCUAUUCAAGCACCUGAUACUAGCAACCAGCCCAAGGCCAUUGGCUUUUUCCAAGCUUGUUGUCUACCAGGUGUUCUACUGUAUUCCCUGGCCUAUGCCUGCUUGAAACUAGUGAAUUACUCCUUCUUCUUCUGGCUGCCGUUCUACCUCAGCAACAACUUUGGAUGGAAGGAGGCUGAAGCUGACCAGCUUUCAAUUUGGUACGAUGUGGGAGGAAUCAUAGGUGGGACAAUCCAAGGCUUGAUUUCCGAUAUGCUACAGAAGCGAGCUCCAGUGCUAGUGAUCAGCUUGCUUCUGGCUAUUGGGUCUCUCUUUGGAUACAGUCGUUCUCCAAACAGCAAACCCAUCAACGCGUUCAUCAUGGCCAUUACAGGAUUUUUCAUUGGAGGCCCAUCUAACAUGAUCAGCUCUGCGAUUUCCGCUGACCUGGGACGUCAAGAAUUGGUCAAAGGAAACAGUGAGGCUCUGGCAACAGUCACAGGAAUUGUGGACGGAACUGGGAGCAUUGGAGCUGCAGUGGGCCAGUAUCUAGUUUCUUUGAUCCAGGACAAUCUGGGAUGGAUGUGGGUUUUCUAUUUCUUCAUUCUUAUGACAAGUUCAACAAUCCUGUUCAUCUCACCCUUACUAGUGAGGGAAAUUAGAUUGCUCCUGUAUGAGAGACGCUUGCGUAUGCGGACUGGGUGACUGCCACUUCCCUUCAGCGGGACUGUCCAAGGAAAAUCAACAACUGGGAGACAAAUCAAAAUUCUGGGAGGUUUAUGUUUGUUUUCUUUUCUCCCCCUCCUGCCCUGCAAGUUUGGACUAAUUCAGAAUGUGCCACAAGGUUUUGCAGAACAGCCUUUGAGAACUUGCUGUUGGAAUACCAAAUACCCAAAUGGAUUGAGGCCAUCUGCAACAUGGAGCUGCUGUUCCAAGAUAGAGGAAUUAAUCAGUUUGGCUCUAGUCCCACCGGAGCCUUUCAAGUCAGCAAGUGCGCUCUUUCCUCCUGGUUUGUGGUCCCAUUGCCAUAACCUUUACUGAUUAUUUCUGGAUGUCCUGACAAGUGUCAGAUAUUGAAAACUGAAGAUGGGGAGUCAAUCUUACAGUGAAUGGUGAGACCUCGUUAUGCUGGGGAAACCGUACAGCCCACUUCAUGAAUAUUCUGAAGUUCUUUCUUGCUUUGGUUUAGAAGAAUGGGCAAAAAGUUUCUUUGGAAUCGGAUGCAUUUGUGCUGUCCAGGUGUCCUGAAAAUACCUUUGCUAAAUCUAUACACAGAUUAAUCUCCACUAUCCUCGGUUAAUAACCCUCCCAUAUACAGAUAAUUUCUCCAUCAGAAGCUAACUCCAUGCUUGAUCUAUUUAUUAUUGUUGUUGCGAAACCCUGCGAUUUCUGAAUAUUUAAGUAGCCAAAUACUGUAGAAUAGGGGGGAUAAUCAUCUUUUAACACUAAUUUUCAAGGAUUGCAAUAAACUUUAUAGAUCUAACAGCGGCCACUUAAAUGGCUUUGAGGAUUGGGACUGGGAUACAGAUUCUUUUACCAGUUGGCUGUCAGAUCAGUUGUGACCUGAAGUCAUUGCUCUCUGCAUUUGAUGGCUAUUUGGGUGACACUCCUUGAAAGAAGCUGGUGUCAUCGGUCCUGUUCUCUGUGGACACUUGGCCAUUUAUCCUUCCUCAGCACAGCAGACCCAGGAUUGAAUGAAGUGAGUCUGAACUAUUCCUCUGCCUUUAUAUGUGAUGCUUCUGGGUUAGGAUUGAGGCAUAUUAGUGGGGUAGUGUGACGAAGCUGACACUGCAUUGCCCAGGCUUUAUUGACAUGAUGGACAGACAGAAACCUUCAGGCUCCAGGGCUGUCAGUCUGAUAACUCAUAAGAAAAAUAGAUGUAAGCCAGCUACAAAAGUAUGUAAUUCUAUUCUAUGCUUAACACCGUUGCAUCUGAGCACCUUCCCAUAGUGCAUUAAGCAAAUGACUAACAUCUGUCACAUGUUGGUUAAUGAAGUUAUUUGAAUCAUUUUACAACCUCUCAGCUGCUUUUUAUAUUUUUUUCUGUCUGUUGCCACGGGUGACUUUUCUUGUAUUCACAUAGACACUUUUUAACCAACAAGAUUUCUGAUCAAAUAUUCAAUCCAAUCAAUUGUUGCUGCCUGGAUGGAAAAAUUCUUAGGUAACUGAGAAUUUGAAAAAAAAGGAACUUUUUAAAAUAGAAAAACUGCCUUUUUUUUAAACUUAGUGUACAGUGGGUUUUUUUUAAAUGUCUGAAUGUAAAUGUUUAAUCAUGUGAUUAAUGUGGGAAAUUGUUAGUGCCUUAUUGUAUUGAAUUGUUGCUCAGAGAUUGUUUGCUGAUCCUGCAGUGCCAACUGUUUUCACAGCUUCGCUUACUGGGAAAACAUGGUUGCUCUAUUUCUUCUAUGGUUUCUGAAAGUCCUCCUUCUUUGUCUGAGAUGUUUUCUGCUUUUAGAUCUCGUCCUCUCUGCUUUUAGUUAACCUUCAGACAGUCCAGUGGUUGGGGAGAAGGCACAGUUAAUCAUAUAAGGGACCCAUGUUAUUGUCUCCUCUUCCCACCCUUAUUCCAAUUUUUGCCAUUUUAAUUCGGGAUGAUCCUGAGGAGAUGCUGUUCGGGGACCUACCCUUGUGCCCUCAACUCAUUGGGGCACUUAGCUUAGUAUUCAGAUCCCAAACCAGUCCUUAGUCCAUUUCCAAAUGGAUGCGAACUCCUUGAAAUUCAUGUUGAAAUUGUGGUGGCACUGUUUGCCCAGUCUGUUGUUCAUGUGUCUGAGAAUGGAGGUUUUGGAUUCCAGGCUUUGGUUGACUGUCGAGGUGCCAAGUAAGUUCUGACAGAAAUGAAGAUUGCAGCCUUCAGAGCAAAUCACUUCAUGUCAAAUUGGUUGCAAACUCCAUCUGCACACUAAGCGACAGAGUAUGUGCAACUGUUCAGAGGGUAUUUUGGAGCACGGCAUAUUUAUUGCUAAUACUUGAUUGGCUGUGCAUUCCACCCAAGUCUUAAUAUAUUUAUUUUUACACCAGACCCUUUGGCUGGUGUAUUUCCUCAAGCAGUGGCGAUGAGAAAUGUUUUGAUUCUGAUAAUGUCAAAUCAAUGUCAUCUGAAUAAAUCAUUAUUUUUGGUGAACUCA